AUGGCUUUGCAACUACAGGCACCAGGCUUGACGUCACAGACCACAAAAACGACCUGCGGAUCUGAGCUGUUCAGUCAUGCACGGUUACCGACACAGUUGGAGAAACCAGUGCUUGUAUUGAUCCAUGGGUUUCCGAAUACAAAUUAUCUAUGGCGCAAAGUCAUUCAGCAUCUCCCGGCCAACCAGCCAAUCUUCAUCCCUGAUAUGCCAGGAUAUGGUGAAUCAACUCCUUCGUCUGCUGGCUCUGAUAAACGCACCGUUGGCUACGCGAUCUUGGAGGCCCUAAGUAAACUCUUGAAGCAUUCACCUCGUCCGAUACCAGUCGUUCUCGCGGGCCACGAUCGCGGCGCUCGAGUGUGUCACCGCCUUGCCACCGAUUUCGCCUGGCCCGCCGCCAUCGGACGUGAUACACCAAUUGCGAGUAUCCUCCAAGAAUUCGAGCUCAAGGGCACCGCAUGCAUUGACACCGUCCCUGAGAUCGAGCAGUGGGCGUCUUUCGAGCACGGCCGCGUUGCUAAAUCAACCUUCCACUGGCCUUUUCUGGCGAAUGUGGAAAUGGCGACUGCUAUGAUCAGUGCAUACGGAGCAGCAAAGUGGUGUAAGAAGAUGUGUAUCCGCUGGGCUGGUCUAAAGGAGCAGAUAGAAACAGAAUCUGCCCAAGAGGUAUAUGCUCAGGCGUUUUCAAAGCCCGAGAAUCUGCGUGCGGCGUGUAUGGACUAUGAGUGUGGUGCUGGUAUUGAUUUUGAAAGACAAGUCAAGGACCAGAAGGAAGGAAGAAAAUUCAAAGGCCCAUUUCUAGCGAUGUGGAGUGCCACAUAUCUCGGCAGUCGCUUCAAUUGCCCAGAGAUAUGGGGUCGUUAUAUGGCUGAUGGCGGUGAAUCUGGGGUCUUCGUGCCGGUUGGCGAGAAAGCAGGCCACUUUCUGCCGGAAGAGGCACCUGUGUCGCUGGCAGAAAAUUUGACGAAGCUCAUCGGCUAG